GCGGCCAGGGAGUACAACACUAGCCGCUUUUAAAAUUCAAUUAUUUUUCACAAAUGUUUUAAUUGUUUCAAUAUUUGUGAGAAAAUUUUCGUUGACAAAACAUGUCGUGAGAUCAAUAAUUACCAUGUUUUUUUUCAUUUGUUUGAAUUUGCAUUUUUGAAUUUGGAAAAGUGGUCGGGGGGAUCGUCGAGGGGGUAGAUUAUUGUGAGUUUAUGUUACCGAGGGUGUACUUGAAAAUGCCGAGUAUGACGCACGGUACGUGACGGAGGGGAGGAGUUUGCUGGAGUAAGGGAUACUUUUUGAUUCGGGGGGGGAUUUUUGGGUGUUUUUUUUUCUCCGGUGGGGAACGUCUUCUGGCGGAGAUUCGGAUGGAGAACGUGAUGUUAAAGAAAUGAGUUAUAAAUAAUUGUGAGAAGGAGAUAAAAUUGAACGUUAAUUACGAUAAUAGUGACAACAAAAAUUUAGGUGCCUAAUAAUGUUUCAAUAAACUAGUGCCUAAUACUGCAAGUGCAAUAACGACAAUUUUUCCGCGAAAAUUCAUCGAUUGAGUUAUGGAGAAAUGAGUGAUAUUUGCAGUUUGAAAAAUUCAUAAUUUUGGUUGUUUCUGCAGAUUUGUUUGUGUUAACCUACGGGGAUAAAUAUUCAGUGGUGGGUUUUGUAAAAUCUACCAGGGGGGCAUCAGAUCGGUUCAAGCUAACACCGAAUGUACGUACCGCCAGGACGGGGUAACGCGCUGCUAUAUCUUUGCAAGCGCACCUAUUCAAUUUGUGAUGUCACAAUUAAUGCUGUGCAAUUUAGCAAAUACCUCGAAUGCGGGAAAUGAUACGAACAAUAACGCUAACACUAAUAGCAGCAUGGAGGACGACGACUCUUAUCCACUGCCCACUAUUUAUCGGUGUCGUGCUCCAAUAGCGAGUCUGGAUUGUAUGGAAGAGUUCAACGGUGGUAGUGGUCCAGACUCAAUUGGUCACAUUCACUGCAGCACAACGCAACAAGGAACCAAGGAACAACUACUCACUGGAUGUAUAUCGGUACAGGGACAACGCACUCCACAUCCAUCGCCAGGUAUUCGCUACCGCAACUUGGGCAAAAGCGGUCUACGUGUUUCCAAUGUUGGAUUAGGUACGUGGACAACAUUCGGGGGAUGUACGAACGAGGAGACUGCUGAGGCUGUUGUGGCCUUGGCCUACGACAGUGGUAUCAACGUAUUUGACCUGAGCGAGGCGCACAGCGGCCACCGCGCUGAGACUCAAUUCGGUCGUAUUCUACUGCGGCGAUCCUGGAAUCGUUCCAGCUAUGUUGUCACCACUAAAAUCUAUUGGAACACUAAAACUGAGGGGCGUGGGCUGUCCAGAAAACACAUUAUCGAAUCUGUACAGGCGUCCCUAGCGAGGCUGCAGCUGUCGUACAUCGACAUUGUGAUGAUUCAUAAGGUCGAUCCAAUGUGCCCGAUGGAAGAGAUCGUACGAGCGAUGAAUUAUGUAAUCAGCAAAGGGUGGGUCAUGUACUGGGGUACAUCGAGGUGGACUCCCGUGGAGAUAAUGGAGGCUUACACCAAUUGCCGGCAAUUCAAUUGUGUAACACCUAUUGUGGAACAGGCAGAGUAUCAUCUCUUCUACAGGGACAAACCGGAGCUUUAUAUGCCAGAGCUGUACAAUAAAAUAGGUGUGGGAUUAAUGGCCUGGUCCACCGUCACUAUCGGCAUGGUCUCAUCGAAGCCGGACGACACCGGUGUUUCCUUCCUCUCACGAUCGUCAUAUAAGAAUAAAUACUCAUCGUUCAGUUGGACCGAGGACGAGACGCAAUCUUUGUACAAGGAGCAUCGCCGGGAUAUGACACCGGAGUUCGGAUCUAAGGACAAACCGGUGGAGGAGGAGGCACGCAAGUAUUCGGAUAAGUUGAGGGACGUGUGCUCACUCGCGGAGAGACUCGGAUGCACAUUUGGACAAUUGGCUAUUGCGUGGUCCCUCAAGAAUGAAAGUGUCCAGUGCCUUCUUAUCGGAGCGUCUAAUAUUGAUCAGCUUUACGAGAGUCUGCAGAGUCUACAGCUCGUACCGAAGCUCAACACAAACAUGAUGAACGAGAUCGAGCGAAUACUCGAUAAUAAACCGUGCCGUCCACCGAUGGUGUCCACUCUGGCGCUUAGAUGACAAUCGAUCUGCCCCCACAGCAGUGCUGGGGGCAGUCUAGAGGACGGGGCGGGUAGCCCCAAGAGCGAAGCUGGCCACAGUCAUGAUCAGGAGCAGACCAAAGAAGUGACCAAUAAACUACCAUUCUGUGAGAUACAGUGAGCCAACUUGACAUACCAUCCAAAGGCCAACGAUAAUUGUCGUUGGAUAUGUUGUUUAUCUCAGGGUCCUCUCAAUGGUACCCCCUUCGUCACAUUAUCCUGUUAAAUUCAUACCAAAAUACUCGACGACAAUACUUCGAAGUCACUCGAGACACUAAAUUCAGCGCAAUUUUAACGGGUAUGAGGGAUGAAUAAUUUGCAACAAAGGGAUGUCUCCUAUUUCCUUUCAAUCCUUUUUACGAUAGGAUUUCAUCCUCAACACGAAUAAUUAAUGAAUUAGUGAAUUAAUGAUAAAUUUUCUCUUAUAAAAUACAGUUUAGAUCCUCAGACGUAGGAUUUUUUGAGAAUGAAAAAUGCCCGGUGUUACUUGGGUUUCGUCAUAGGACUUAUCAAUUUCGAUUCCAAUUUGCUGAAUAAAUAAAGUAGUCGAGGAGGCAAAGAUAUUCGCUAAACUGAUCAAUUCUAUCCGGUGCUCUAGGAAAUUAAAGGCAGACGGCGCGAGAGUGGGUGAAAUUUUGUUUGUAUCAAUUCCCAGUAUUCGAAAUGAGGCAAUCGAGAGCGCUACAGUUCGCUCAAUAUUACGUAUGAUUUGUUUUCGAGAAAGGGUGUCUGAAAAUUUUUAGGAAUUGUUGCAUCGAUUUCAAUGAAAUUUGGUGAUCAAUCGAUAAGAGAAAAUGAUUAGAAAAGGAUGGUAUAGAAGUCAAGAGGUAACUUGAUUUUUAUAGUGCUUUAUUGUCUGACGAAUGAGCACAUUAUCCCUCCAACGUAUUUUUAAUCAUUCAUUGCUCACGUAUAGAUUUCGCAAUAGACUAAACAAUUACGCGAAGAUGAAGGUGAAAAAUAAAUUAAUAAUAAUUCGAAACAAUUAACUAAUUCUAUUCAAGAUUAUAGUGACAGAGAACCAGAUGAUGAAGAUUUGGGGAAAAAAAAUUGAGAUGAAUUUCUAGUCGAUAAUAGGGUAAAAGUUGAAAAAUCUAUUCUCCCGAUUAUUAUUAAAUACAAUAGGUGAAAUAACGCAAUGAUAAAGUGAAAUUUAAAAAACCCUAAAUUAAAUGAUUAACACUAUGAAAUAAAUUGCGCAGUGGUGCCCGGCCAUAAAGUUUUUCAGCCAGACCGUUCUAUCCGCUUGCGAUAAUGAUCAUAAAACAAAUAAACGAACAAAAAAAAAUAAUUACUCAAUAAAGAAAUAUUUAAAAAUAAUAGGAAUAUCAAUAUUUUACACGUAAAGAACAAUAGGGCAUAGGAGGAUUUUCAAUUUAAUAUAAUAAUAUAAUAAUACGUUGAAUCGCAACUUAUAAUAUAUUUUUUAUCGCAAAACAAUCUAAUCUUACGAGAAUAAUGAAGAAAAAUUAAUAAAUAACGGUCACACGAAAGCACCGAUGCAGAAAGUCGAGGAAUCGCUUUAGACUGCCUUACGACCUCAAGGGAGAGGGUGGGAGAAAUUAUAUUAAAAAAAUUGUAAUAUGUAAAGAACGAAAAAAAAAACAGAUUAUCUUUUAAAAAAUUCAGCUUUAGCCAUGCAAGCAAUGAUGGAAGAGACAGAUAACGCGAAAAACCCAUUUCAUUAGCAAAUUUCUCCGAGUAUUAUUAUCUUUCGUCUUUCGCGAAGCUUUGCAGCCUUCCUUAGAUUUCUAUAAAGACGUACAUAAUCUUCUCAUGACUCGAUUAACUACCAGUCUCGAUGAAUUAUCCCCAUAUUACCAGAGACGAUAUAGACGGAUGAAUGAAAAGGGUAAAGAAAUCGGGGUUGAUCCAUAUUCAUGGAUGAUUAGAUUAUUUUCAAACGAAAUCAUCUUGACUAUCUUUCAGGCGUGUAGCAACCCAAUCAAAUAAUUACCAGUUUUCACGAUUUUUCUUGAUAAUUGAUAGCGUAUUUUCACGAUUUUAUAGAUUAUUGAAGUUGCAUAGAAAUUUUUCAACGCGAACUGACAAAUGAGGAACACGAAAUACCGAUGUUUUCAACUAUCAUACUCAUCUAGAACAUAUCCAAGUUUAAUCAUUAGAGAGAAUUAAGAAACUUUAAUCAAUCGUUAUUAAGGAAAAUAAAUCAUGACGUCGGUGUCUCAUUUUCCUCGGAUUGACGUUCGUGAUUGAUGAUUAAAAUUUUGAUUUGCCAUUCGAUGUACUGAGAAGCCCAUCAUGAAUAUAAUUCUAAUCAAAAUACGUUACACUACAAAAUUGCAAACGUCAUCAGCUUGUUUGAUGGUCACGAGAAUAAUUGGAGGAGUGAUGCUCGUGACUACUUGUGUCAUUACGAAAGGACUUUGUUAUAAUUGACAGCAGGAACUAGCAGUAUUGUACAUCGAAUCGAAUAUUUCAUUCAGCGGAAUAGUCCUGACAAUUUAUCACCUCUCAAGCACCAAUAAGAAUCAGACCGCGGACUUUCUAGUGAAUUAGAAUAAAUUGAUUGAGAAAAAUACGAUGAAAAAGACGUCUUAUUCCAUUCGAUACAUCAUGUCGCACUCGAGGAAUGACAAAUUGGCGUUUCAUUCAGUCGAAUCAACCGGAAAUACGAAUCAAUGAAGCAUUGCUGCGAUAUUAAUGAAAAACAACUGUAUAAACUAAUUGUGUUUUUUAAUGUAAAACGUUCAUUUUUUACCAGCGUCGACACUUGUACAUUAUUGUAUGUGUUCAUGUAUAUGGUUUAACGAUGACACGAAACAAGAAUGAAAUUUAUAUUAUAAUCAGUGGGUCACUGGCACGACAUUUGAUACCUUGACGUCGAUGGUGCAGUGAAAUAAUGCGAUGAUAAAUAAUUUUAAAAAGAAACAAAAAAAAACAUAAUGAAAAAAUAUUGUUUUUCAAGUUGUUACAUCAACAAUGCCAAUUGUUUAAUAAAGUUUCAAUCGCGGUGGAAUGAGAGUGCGAACAAAUAUU